AUGGCAGCAAAAUAUAAUUUUACAAAAGAUGAAACCCAGGAAGCGUCUAGAGAACUAUUUUGCUCGGCUGAAUUUACAAAAGAAGUACAUAGCGAACUCAUCUUUCUCUCCGUGGUUAACACUUUUCUGGCCUUAACCGCAUUUUUGGGGAACGCUCUGAUCUUACUCGCCCUAAAAAAUGAGACUUCACUUCAUCCACCGUCCAAACUUCUGUAUCGUUGCUUAGCAAUGACCGAUUUAUCCGUUGGGGUCAUUCUGCAGCCUCUGUUUGUUGCUUAUUGGAUGUCUGUGGUGAACGAAAGAUGGGAUAUUUGUUACUACGCAGAUUUGUUAAGUUCAGUAGCAGCCUAUUUUUUGAGUUCAGUUUCUCUGAUGACACUGUCUGCAAUAAGUGUGGACAGACUUCUCGCUCUGUUAUUAGGGCUUAGGUACAGACAAGCUGUAACUUUGAAAAGAGCAUGUAUAACCGUAAUCGUAAUUUUCAUUUUGGGCCUCAUCUGCGCAUCGACAUACUUCUGGAAUCCUCUUAUAACCACACGGUUGACAAGCGUGGGUUUAAUUCUCUGUUUAAUCACCUCAAUUUUCUGUUACACGAAAAUCUUCAUCUCUUUGUGUCAUAGCCAGGUUCAAGUACAGGAUAAGGUUUCUCAAGGACAAACUUCACUGAACACAGCUCGAUACAGAAAGGCAGUGUUCGGUGCGCUAUACAUACAA